CCUAGCGACAAUCCAUGGAUAUAGGCAUGUAUUCCCCGAUGAUCAGGUGCUAGUCAUGUUCUAGAAGGUUGCUUAGUGUCAAUUUUGAGAAUAUAUCUCCACCGUGUUUCGCGUGAUCCUCUGCAAGUCAUGCACCCUGGAAAAUUGCAUGAAUGGGGACCAUAGCGAAGCGUAUCGGUCUCUUUAUUUGGGAUUCUACAUACUCCAUACAUAUCCUUGCAAAUGCCUUACGAUCAAUUUCUAGUCGUCCUAGACAUGCAGUACAUCUGACAGUUGGCCCUGCUUGCGUGGUUGCGUCGGACCGGUAUAACGAAGUACCGAUGUUAUGUCAGCAGCUGUGAAAUGGGGGGCGCUAGCAUUGGUGAAUGAUCAAAGAUGGUCGGAGUACCUCAUAGUAGCGGCUGUGCUACCUGUGUAAAGCGUCGCAUCAAAUGUGAUGAAAGACUUCCUGGGUGCGCCAAAUGCGAGAAAUACGGGACGGCAUGCCCAGGAUAUGAUAGGGGCUUCAAGUUUAUUACUGGAAAGCCUUAUCGUACGCCGAGGCAAAGGCCAAAGCCGGAUACUAGCUCAACAAGCGAGGAGCGGGCAAAGACUGAGAGUCUAAUUACGGGCUCCCGUUUUCAGGCUAGCCUACAGGCGAUUGUCUUGAAAGAACAGCCGUGGUCGUUGACGUAUGGAGAUGCCAAUGUCAUGCAGAGUAUAGAAGCUCUCAUUCAGGACUUCUCACAACCAGCCCUGCCUACUCAGAAGCACAUCGUUUCCCAAUGGUUUGGUUUUCUACCUUCCGUCUACGGGCACAAUCAGACGCUGGAUGCUUCGAUCAAGUCAUUUACGGCACACCAUUUUGGAAAAGCUCUUCAAAAUGGUCAGAUGAUUGCUUAUGCUCGAUCUGCCUAUGGAGAAGCCCUAUACAGGCUCCGGAAAGCUUUGAAGGACCCCUCGGAAUGUCUGUCUUCGCAUGUCUUCUACUCAGUUGUAUUGCUAUGCAUGUAUGAGCUAUUCACUGAUACCGAGGACCCUGAAUCCUGGAUGAAGCACGCAAAAGGACUUGGCCAGUUGGUCAAGAUUCGAGGACCGGAGCGUUAUCGCAAUGACCUGGAUAUAACUCUACUCAAGGUCUCACGGGGACUCAUUGUCAUGCAAUCCAUGUUCUCUGGCGAACCGUGUUUCCUCGCCACCGAGGAAUGGCAUCAGAUGAUGCGACAGCAGCGUGCUUUGGAUAUCUCGCUGGAACUCCACAAUUCCAUCGAGCAAUUUUUCGCUUACUUUACUUACGCCCCGAGCCUGGUGCACAAAUUCUAUCAUUUAAAGCACACCGACAUUACCACGCCGGAAGCGCUGCAAAUUAUAUCAGCGACAAUGGAACAGGCCCUCGACAUGCAGAAGAAACUUCUACUGUGGCAUGAGCAAUUUUCCCAGAUUGCUCCACCUCCAGUUGAAAAUCUCGCUUCCACUGAUGACCCCCUUUAUCCGAUUAUCUUGACAUAUUCAAACAUGACCGAUGCGACCAUCUAUUGCGGCUACUACGCCUACAUGGCCAUCAUUCACGAGGUUUUAAGAACAUUUGGCUAUCCUGGUCCACACGCUCAAAUGGUGAUAUACUUCCGUGAUCAAAUCUGUCGAUCGGUUGAAUAUAGCAGUGUCGGCAUCCUUGGGCCCAAUCGAUUGGGUUUCCCUCUACGAAUCGCCAUCGAGGUUGCCGACUCUGCGACAAGAUCUUGGAUAUUGGCUCGUCUAGAUCAAUUCUCGAAAGUCUACGCUGCUUCUCAACCCAAGAAUUAUGAGCCCAUUUUGACAUCAAAUAUUUGAUUAUCACCAUAACAUGACUUGUCAACAUUCUUCGAGCACCCCACCGACUUGAGGAAAAAUUGACCAAAAGAAACCUAAAUAACCAGAUUAUUCCAUCUCAAUUCCUAGGCUGCUCUUCGUCAACGGAUGUGAUGUGCUUCAUACCCGUCGACCCAGAGAUUGGCUCAGCUACGGUGCGAGCUGCCAUCAGCCAGGCAACGACGGUGAUCUCCAUCAAAAGCCCCAUGCCCGCCAAGAUAGCAACAUUUCCAUACGCAGGGUUGAACUUUGGAGGCCCAAACUCCAAAAGCAAGAAGUAAAUGAUCCGGACUAGCAAGAAGGGCAAGGCGCAGGAUGUCAAGAGGAUUCCGCGGUGGCCAGCCAGAGUCAGGAUUGUGCGAAACUUCACCGAAAGCCAAGAUACCAAGCCGCAGACAUAAGCAAAGACGACGAUGAGAACAAUGGAUCCGGCUUUGCCGAGUGCAGGCAUUUUGAUGAUGCCGCCCACGACUCCUAAAACGACGGCGAUUGCGACGAAGAAUCGGAAGCCGUGCAUCAUUAUUCGCAGUGACUUGGGAUACUUUGAGUUUCCUGGUCCAUGCUCACCGGCCUGGCCACUAAAUUGGAACGUUUAGCGGCGAGAGCCCUACACUUUGUAGAGAAGACUCGGCAAUGAGCAUUGACUCGGUCGGGGUUGAGGUUGAGAGUAUCAUGGCGGAGCUCGCGAUUCGAACUGUGUAUGAAAGAUUUUGAUGGUUAGCUUUCUCGAGUGAUUUAUACCGAGGUACCUGUUCUACCUACUCUGCGACAAUAUUCCAACCAUGCUGAACCAGGAGUAGAGGAAGCAUCGUGGUAAACACUGUCUUUUCCUGUGAUGCCAAUACUUCCACUCUUGCAUGUAUCGAAUGGACAAUUGAAUAAUGUGAAUAAGAGAGAAGAUAACGAGUUCCGCAAUGGCAAUGUUGCGCUUGCUAACCGAGAUUGUGGCCUCGGCGGGAGAAAGAGUAUCAG